ACGUUGCGCGAGGCUGGGUUGAGGAGCUAGAGAUGGGCGGGGCGGAGCAGGCUGUCUGUCACUCUCCGAGAUGGGUGGGUGGAGCCGGCCUCAAAGCGGAAAGGUUUGAAAGUACACAAUCCAGCCUGCAACAUAAGCUACAAAUGCGAUGGAAGAUAGCAAGAGUGAAGAGAUUGUAGAUAUUAUUCGACUUAAUGUUGGUGGUUGUCUGUAUACUGCUAGGCGUGAAUCUUUAUGCCGUUUUAAGGAAUCAAUGUUAGCAUCUAUGUUCAGUGGAAGGUUUCCUCUAAAAACGGAUGACUCAGGAGCAUGCCUUAUUGAUCGAGAUGGCAACCUCUUUAAAUAUCUCUUAGAUUAUCUUCAUGGAGAAGUUCGACUUCCAGAUGAUGAGCAAACACGAAUUGCAUUGCACAAAGAAGCUGAUUACUUCGGCAUUCCUUACCCUUACAAUCUUGCUGACCAUUUGGCCAAUGAAAUGGAGACAUAUUCUUUAAGAUCAAAUAUAGAACUCAAAAAGGCACUUACAGGUUUUUGUGAAUCUUAUGGCUUAAUAUGCGCUAAGCCUACAGUUUGGGUCUUACACUAUCUCAACACUUCUGGGGCAAGUUGUGAGAGUAGAAUAAUUGGUGUGUAUGCCAUGAAAGCAGAUGGAACAGCUGCAAUUGAAAAGGAGCUGGGAGGAAGAAUUCAUAGUAAAAAUAUUUACAAGAGAGAGGCUGGAAAUAACGUCCAAUACAUCUGGAGCUAUUAUUCAGUGACUGAAUUGAAAAAGAUGAUGGAUGCAUUUGAGGCUUGGGAAGGGAGAGGUGUCAGUUACUGGCGAGUACCACAAGAACUGAUAGAAUGCUGGACUCUUGAGGAACGCCCUUUGAAAGGAAGUCUGCAAAACAUGUCUCCAAUUCAUAGGCGGCGAUUAAUAGAUCUUUCUGAAGAGGAAGAAACUCACCUGACCAGUAGAACAGGUCGAAAGCUUAUUCAGUUUUGUGGUCCAUCAACAAGUACACACAUCAAAAUUAAGAAUUCUUCUUCUUUAAAGACAGGAGUAUGUGCUACAUCUUCUCUUUCCCAGAAGACUCUUAAGCGAUCUAGUGGAGACUAUUCAUUACUGUGCAAAGAAGUACUAAAAACUGCCGAGUCCACACCAUUGACUAAAAAUUCUUACAAAUCUGUUAAGAGCACUGAAAAUGGGGCAGUCUGCCAUAUGACCCUGAAGGCCCCAUUGUCAAAGAAGCCUGUAACCAGUCGUGCAGUAAAACUCAAGCGGACUCCACUCUGUAAUUACCUAUUAACUCAACACUCUUCCCAGGCCUUAAGUAAAGUAGCCUCCACUCCUGUCUCCCAAAAACUAAGCCAUGAGGAAUUUGAACUUAAUGUUAAAAAUCAUUUACAAGAUGACCAGCUGAAUGAUGAUGCAUGAAUUUUACCUAUAUUGCCGGAGUUAUUGUUCAUGAUCUGCUCAAAGCCAAAAUUUCUGACCUUCUAGAGGACAAAUAAAUGUGAAGUAAUAGAGAAGAAAGGGGGAAAGCAUUUACAAUUUUUUCAUAAGAUGUAUGAAAUGUUAAUGCUUUUUUGUCAUUGUGUAGUACAAUACGUACAUGGAUGUUUGUUUUAAAAACUGCUUUGUAUUGGUUGCUCUUUACAUUAUAUAGAUCAAAUGUGGGCUGUUAAAGCCAUUUUAGAAUAGAGUUUAUGCCAGGCUGUGUUCCUUUUUUUAAAGUCCAAUUUUUCCAGUCCAUAUAAAUUUUGUAUAAUGUAUUCUGCAUUUUUUAUUUUUAUGUAAUUUAUUUUAGACAGCAACAAGGACCUACAGAGGUCAGUGAAGACUCUGCUCCUUUCUGGGAGGAAUGGCGGGAUAUAAAAUUAACAAAUAAAAUUAAUUAAAAAAACACUGGAAUUUGUAAUCGGCAAUUCUGGUUUUUCAGCAGGCAUUGCCCAUGCUUUUUUAAGCUUAAUUUUGUAACUAUUAGGGUUUGAGAGUUGCUUUUCUUUUUAAAAGGAAGCUGUAUUCUGCAGGUAAUACUACAUUCUAAAACUUUUCUGCUCUCCUGUGAGGUCACAGCACACACAGCUAUGCAAAUACAUGUAAGGGAUGCUAAAGUACUAACGCAGAAAGGACUUCAAGGUAUGUUUUCACAGUAUUCUGCAAUGGCAUAAUUCCACAGCUCAGCCCUUCUAAUAACUCAGUGUUUGAUGUAGUAACGUAACUUGUAUUUGCUUCCUGACAUUCCUUAGUGUCUGUUAUUAUUAGUGUCUUAGUAAGCAGUUCUCCUUUGUGGCCUCCUUGAAUCCCCCAUCCCUUAGUCUUUGCUGAUGCCCAGUUCCAUCUGAUUUUCUCAUGGUAGCAUUUAUCAUCCUGUACUCUAAAUGCUCUUAACUUUAUGCCUGUCUUAACGUAUGAUGAGCAGAAUGCUAGUGAUCCCUUUCCAGGAUCAAAUACAGUGAUAUUGUA